CUCCUUUAUCAGACAGCCUGCUGCUGCUACUGGGCUGCUGAGGAUACACACAACACAGCCAGGGGAAUUAUGCCCUGCCCAGCAGCGGCUAUGCCUUUUUAAAAAGGUGACCUAUGCAUACUAAAUAGCUGUAAGUCCGGGGAUAUCCCCGUGUUUUUGUUUAAUAUGAGCAUGGAAGAUUAUGACUACCUGUUUAAAAUAGUUCUCAUAGGAAAUGCUGGAGUUGGGAAGACAUGUCUCGUCCGGCGCUUUACUCAGGGCCUUUUCCCACCUGGACAAGGGGCUACAAUUGGAGUAGAUUUCAUGAUUAAAACUGUGGAAAUCAAAGGGGAAAAGGUCAAGUUACAGAUAUGGGACACAGCUGGACAGGAGAGAUUUCGCUCCAUUACUCAGAGUUAUUACCGUAGUGCCAAUGCCCUCAUUCUUACAUAUGACAUUACCUGUGAGGACUCCUUCAGGUGCCUUCCAGAGUGGCUGAGGGAGAUUGAGCAGUAUGCCAACAACCAAGUGGUGACUAUAUUAGUCGGUAAUAAGAUAGAUCUUGCAGAGAAGAGAGAGGUUCUGAGACAGAGGGCUGAAGACUUUGCCGAAGCUCAGAGUAUGCUGUAUCUGGAGACGUCAGCCAAAGAGUCUGACAAUGUCGAGAAACUUUUUCUUGACCUAGCGUGUGAACUCAUUCGAGAGGCCAAGCAGAACAAGCUGGAUAACAAUGACACUGCCCCAAUGCCUGGCGAGGGUAAAACCAUCAGUUAUUUGAACUGCUGCAGUCUCAAUUAAAGGGAGCUCAGCUGCCUAGCCAUGGUAACUCAGUAGCCAUUGACUAGAUGGUAGAUGGCUGAGCCCCAAUGCCUCCGUCCCACUAAGAUGGUAGAAAGCCACCACUUAGUUUGGUCAUUUGUAGUCCCAUGCCUUUUUUAAGCUGUACAAAGGAGUUAGUCAAAUUUAGUUUGGCCCUCCAGGAACAAGCAUUUUAUGAUGCUGCCAUUUCUGAGAACACUAUCCUCACUGGAACAAGAAUUGUUUGUCUGAUACAUCCAGGAAUCUUAGGGCUCCAUUUUAUCCUCACCAUGAUGAAAGUCAGGAUUUCCCUGUUUGGGCUUUAUAAUACAUUUUCAUCAAAUGUCAGUAUUCACCAGCAGUAUUAUGCGAGUGAAAAGCUCUGUCAGGUAUUUUGUUAGAGACGCUACAUAGCUGACUCAUAGUUUCAUGAUGGUUGGAGGUUAUCGGUUAUCGGUUAUCGGACAUGUUUACAUACAGUACAUUUGUGAGAUUACAAAGUUUGAUCAACUUCUAAGGAAAGCUUUGCAAAACGUCCCCUAAAAUCUGUUGCACAUUUAUUUUCCACUACAGUUUCCUCUGCUCUGAGAAUCACAUCCAGUGUUAUAUUAAAAAUUUAAUUUCCAAAUAUUUUUUUGCACCUGGCAUUGCAUACUGUGAAAAUUUGUUCCCAAUAGACGUUCUUUUACUUGCUGCUAGAAUAUGUUUUUGUCAGAUAACAAAAACCGAAACACAUGUGUAAGUACUAUGGUAUUCUGUGAUACUAUUAUGUUUUUAGUAAGUUUGAAGUGCUUGUGAUAGUUGAUUUAAUUUGUAAGAGUUGGAAAGGUUGCUAUCAGAAGAAACAUUAAGUAGUUUAAUCAAUUGAGAAUUCUUUUUUUAAUGUCAGCAGUUUUUGUUAUCCAUUCACGUGAAUAUUUCUGCAUUUGUUGCUGCUGCCUAGCCAUGACAUUGUUUUUAAGGGGCAUGACCAUGUAGUUCUAAAUAACUUGUUAUAUUUCAUAUGCUUUUACCAUCAAAUUAUAACUUCUUGUUCAGCAUGAUUAGCCAUUAAUUGUAAUGUUUAAAGUUCUUUCCUUUAUUUGCCAUAACUGCAGUCUACCGUAUUGCACAAUGCCAUAUACUGCACACUUAUUAUUUUUAAUUUUAUUGUAACAUUUAGUUUUUUGUUGUACAGAUUCAGUACUGUAGUACAUCUUGGCACUUUGCUUUUAUAAUUUUGUAUUUUCAGUAAUCCCUUUGUAAGAAUGGUGAGCAUUCUGUUUUGCCUUGUAACUUAGAUUUAAUUGCAGUUACUUGUGGUUUAUCCUUUGCAUUGACUCGUCAAUACAAAAUGGGGAAAUACAACAGACAUGCUGUUGGGAUAUUGUGCUUCUUUUUAAGUGUACAAAAUAAUCCAUAAAAUACUCCUGUGUAACAUUAAAGAACUACACUAAU